AUGGUGGAAGAAGCGUUGACAGAAAAAUCCAUGAAACCAACAGAAACACAUGAAAGUGGAACAUCAGCAAAACUAACCAAAGAGGAAAACAGCCAGAGAAAACAAACAGCAACACCAGCGCGUAUAGAUGAUAGCGAUGCGGAAAUGGAAACAUCAGACCACGAAAAUGAUGAAGUAGAAGA